UCCUUUUGCUAACUUCGCGCUCUCUUGCGUUCGAUUGAGCGAAUAAUUUCUCCUCCCAUUCUUCUUCUACUUUAAUGCUCUUCGUCUGGUGAUUCUUCCUACUCAUUAUCUCCGUCGUAUCCAUCAUCGGUUUUGGCUAAGCAUAAGGACGAAGUAGGAAAAUGACCAUGCCGGAGAAUAUAUAUUUGAGGUUCUUUUGUAGCUUUUCUCUUCAUGAAUCUCGGCGGUCCAGGCUUCAUCACUACUGGUAAUGGAUGAUAUCCAAGCAGCUCAAACAAUUCAGGACGAUCUAACAUUAACUCAAUGGGGAAUCAUAAUUUGACUGUAUCAUGGAAUGUGGUUGGUGUAGAGAUUUCAGUUAUUGAUGUGACUUCCAGGGGAAUUGGAGAGGUGAAAUACAUUUCUCAUUUAAAUUGGAAUCCCAGAUGGCGUUUGCUACCUGACUUUGCGCCUAACUAUUGAUUAUUACGAUCUGGAUCACGACCUCCUCUUCUUUGCUUGUGCAACUUCAUCAAAAGAGCUUGAUUGUGGAUGAUUGCAGCUUUCAGAUUCUAACUCGAAAACUGAGAAAGAAGAAGUAUCAUCCAAUUGCAGGCACUGUAUUUCACCAGCUCCUCAAUUUUCACCGAUUACAUGACUACAUGACUGACCUUGCUCGAAAGCAUAAAACAUACAAGCUUCUUGGGCCCUUCAGGGAUGAGGUUUAUACUUCUGACCCACCAAAUGUUGAGUAUAUGCUCAGAACCAACUUCGAGAAUUUUGGCAAGGGAUCACAUAACUACAGAAUUCUCAGAGAUCUUCUUGGCGAUGGAAUUUUCACAGUUGAUGGAGAGAAGUGGCGUGAGCAGAGAAAGAUUUCAAGCUAUGAGUUCUCUACAAAAGUUCUGAGGGAUUACAGCACUGUCAUCUUCCGGAAAACUGCAGUUAAACUCGCUAACAUCGUGUCCGAAGCUGCUAUUUCGAAUCGAGUAAUUGAUAUUCAAGAUCUAUUUAUGAAAUCAACUCUAGAUUCAAUAUUUCAUGUUUCAUUUGGAAUUGAUCUAGAGAGCUUGCAUGGAUCAAAUGAAGAAAUUAGCAAGUUUUGCUCUGCUUUUGAAGCAUCAAGUACAAAUACACUCUGGCGAUACGUCGAUGUAUCCUGGCCAAUCAAGAAGGCUCUCAAUAUUGGCUCAGAAGCUGUCUUAAAAGAAAACAUGAAAAUUGUUGAUGAGUACAUUUAUAAGCUCAUUCAUAGUGCACUUGAACAGAGACAAAAGUUAGGCGACAACGCUUUGGUAGAUGAAUUUAUGAGAAGAGAAAACAUAGUGUCGAGGUUUCUGCAAGCGGAAACGACCGAUCCAAAGUAUCUAAGAGAUAUUAUUCUUAAUUUUGUUAUAGCUGGAAAGGACACAACAGCAGUUACUCUUGCUUGGUUCAUUUGCAUGCUUUGCAAGCAUCCUUCAGUGCAGGAAAGGGUUGCUAGAGAGAUCGAAGAAGUGACAAAUGUUGGAGAUGUAACCGAUUUUUCCGAAUUUGCUGCAAGAUUGACCGAAGAAGCACUAGAGAAGAUGCAAUUUCUCAUUGCAACUAUUAAUGAAACUCUUAGACUCUAUCCUGCCGUCCCAGUGGAUGCAAAGAUUUGCUUUUCGGACGAUACACUGCCGGAUGGAUUCAGUGUGAGGAAAGGAGAUAUGGUGUCGUACCAGCCAUAUGCAAUGGGUAGGAUGAAAUUCAUAUGGGGUGACGAUGCCGAGGAAUUCCUACCAGAGAGAUGGCUUGAUGGAGAUGGAAAGUUCCAGCCUCAGAGCCCUUUCAAAUUUACAGCCUUUCAGGCGGGGCCUCGCAUUUGUUUAGGAAAAGAGUUUGCUUACAGGCAGAUAAAAAUCUUCUCAGCUCUAUUAUUGAUGUUUUUUAAGUUCAAAAUGAGUGAUGAGAAGAAAAUUGUGGAGUAUCAACCAAUGAUCAAUCUUCUCAUCAAAGGAGGCCUUCAAGUUUGUGCCAUUCCUAGGCGUCCUCUUACUUAACUGCCUCAAUUCACUCCAAAAUAAUAACUCGUGUUUUCUCACUAAUAUCAACAAGGAUGAAUAGAUUGAUAUAUCGUUAAAGUUCAAAAGGACUUUUUAGAUAUUAAAAAAAAGAACAAACUAUUUAUUCGUUAUAGCAAAAUUUUCUAACUUUCAUAUAGAAUAGAUGCAUAUAUCUAUUAAUAUCUAUAAUUGAUAUAUAUUAAUAGAAGUUUAUUAAUGUGUAAUAGGUUUUUUUUUCAAUAAUAUCUUAAUCUUCGAUGAAUAUUAGAGGUUAAUGCUCAUAUUUAAUUGAAAUCGAAAUGCAUCUCUGUUUAAAGGUA